AUGAAGUCUUUUGCUGAUCAGAAGAGACGGGACGUCUCUUUCGCGAAGGGGGAGAAAGUGCUCCUCUCAACACAAAACUUUGAGCUCGCGAAUCCAGGGACUCGCAAGCUUUUGCCCAAGUGGGUAGGACGGUUCAAAGUGAUCGAAGCGGUGGGCAAGGUCGCUUAUAAGUUGAAGCUUCCGCCAAAUCUCAAGAUGCAUAACGUGUUUCACGUUAAUCUUGUGAAGCCCUACAGAAAUGAUGGCAGAGUGCAGCCGCCUCCACCACCCAUCGAAAUCGAUGACUCAUUGGAGUAUGAGGUCGAAAGAGUACUCGACGACCGCAAGGUUAAACGCGGAAAAAGCACCAAGACAGAGUUCCGAGUCAAAUGGUCAGGGUAUGGGCCCGAGCACAAUACUUGGGAGCCAGAGAAGAACCUUACUAAUUGUAAGGAUAUUCUCGAAGAGUAUUGGGUUUAUGUGGGAAAGUCUCGGAAAGGUGUACCCGAGCCCGCCCAAGUCCAGGUGGAACCUGCUAAGGCUAAGAAGCCGAAGCAGAAGGUUGUCACCAUGUCAGUUCUUCCGUUGGAGUCCUGCGAGGGUGAUGCCUAUCACGCCUUGCAUGAUCACUUCAGAGAACGUCUAGAGAAAAGUAUCAAGGACUGCGCCGAGAUCGACGAGAAGAACAAGGCGAACGAGCAGAAGCUGGUCAAGGUCUGGCAUGCCAAGUUGGAUGCCAGCCAAGACCCCGGGGCAUUCAAAUAA